AGAAAGCGAAGACAAGACGCUAUUUUUCGGUUAAGAGGGUCUAAAAGGGAGGAGUUGGCGAGGAGUUUGGCGCGAGAGUGUGGUGGUGUGGAUUCGAACCAUGGUUGGGAAUCUGCCAGAAAGCCGGGCACUUUCUUGCGUCGGUCUCCAUCGUGAAACAAGCGAGUCCAGCAGCUACUUCUCGCCUUCUGGCAGGCGGCCAAUCUCUUCAAGAAGGACGGGCGACCCACCAAUCAUUUCGGACGCGACCGUGCUCUCCACUCAAUUGCGCGGCCUCUUGUCGUCGGUCGUCAGUCGGUCGGGAUCCCCUCAGUCGGUCGGCUCGGGAGCGGCACUGUCACGGCGCUGCCCAUGGUUCUGCUGCCCGUGGUUCUGCUGCCCGCUGCCGGCCCCCAGAUGGUGGAACGCGGUCGCUGGGUCAGGGCAAAUGGCCAGCGCACACGUGGGAUUCACGAUGUGGCCGCUUGGCACGAACGGCGUGGUGGUGAUGUGCUGGAUGGCCCACUGCCCACUGCCCACUCUGGCCGCGCGACCUCCCGAUGAAACGCUCUCGGGCGCCAAAAGUGCACAAGCGGUUCCUGGCAGGCACACCAAUCAGGCGCAGCGCGGGCUCUUCCGCCCCGUAAUUCACCCUUGUAUUUUAAGAUUGCACCGCAAGGGCGCAGGCUCAGAGAUGACUCUGCAGGGGUGCGGCGCGGUGGCUUGCAGGGUCGGACGCUGUGCGCCAGUCCGCCGAUCGCUGCUCGAGCGCCAGGGGCAGCCAGCCGAAAGCCUGGCCUGGCGCCCCGUUUCCUGCGUCUCUUCUUCUCCUUCACCUCGUCCGCAUCCGUCCACUACAAAGCCUCUCUUGUCCUUCUCUAUCCAGCCCGUAUUCGCGUUCACUCCUUCACGCGGUACUGUUGCUUUUGUCGCUCCCUACAACACUCAUCUUCGGAUCUCAGUCAUUCUAGCAAGUCAUUUCCACGCUUCACCGCACUGAACAACUGCACUGCAACGACGGCUCACGACUCUCCACUGUACAAUCAACUACAACAACUGUCUAUACAACAUCAUCGACGCCAUUCGACAUGCGCUCAAACACUGCUUUCGUGCUAGCCACGCUCGCCAUCGGCCAGGCCUCCGCCGGCGCCCUCAAACACCGCAGCUUCCACGCCCGUCGCAGCAACAUCGCCCAGGACAAGGUUGAAAUCGACGUUAGCAAACGUGAAGCCAUCAACUACGAUGUCUCCAACGUCGACUGGACCAA